AACUGAAAGACACGUGGUAUUGUAGAAAUAGGGUUAAAGAGCACUGCUCGAUUGAAUGUUUAUCAGAAAACGCGUCCCUCUUAGAAGACUUGAACAGCAUCCAUCCAUCCACCAAAGAAAUUAUUUCAGCCAGACAUAGAUGUCUUAGAAGUAAACUACUACCCCCCCCCCCACCCGAUCCACUUAGUUUAUUAAAAUGAAUGUAUCUUAAGACCCUGCACAGCAAGGACGGUACACGUGGUGACUUUACAGAUAACGUGGAGGUGGCAGGAACGAGUGAUGUCACGCAUUGGCCGCCACGCUGUCGGCUCAAGCCCCGCGUGUCAAGAUUCGAGUGUAGCUCGAGAAGCUUCCAGCUCCAACGGAUUUGUUAAGGAUUUUUUUCGGGUUGUUAACAACGGACAUCUAGGGCCACAUCAAAAGAUGACAAAACCUGCAGAUAGUCGUCUUGUACUCCUAGGAAACCCUGGUGUUGGAAAAUCAGCUCUUAUAGUACGGUUUAUAACAAGUCGCUUCAUAUGGGAGUACGACCCAACGCUAGAGUGUACUUACCGACACACUGUGAUGGUUGAUGACGAAAACGUUACCAUGGAAAUUUUAGACACAGCUGGACGGGGAGAAAAUAUUCUUCAAGAUGGUAAUAUCAACUGGGGAGAAGGAUUUCUUCUUGUGUACAGUACGACCGAUAGGGGGAGUUUCGAGGAUAUCCUCCAUCUUCACCAGCAUAUUGCUUCUGUCAAGAAAACCCAAAACUUCUCUUGUGUCCUGGUGGGGAAUAAGAAUGAUCUCACGCACGAGCGUAAGGUUGAGCAGGAAGAAGCCGAACAGCUUGCCGUGGAGCUCUCGUGCUGUUUCUUCGAAUGUAGCGCCUGUGAUGGUGGCGACGCCGUAGGCGAGGCCUUCAAGGAGCUACACCGUGACGUAGUGCGUAGGAGAAUGGUUAACAGUAUGAGAAGACGACGAAGCUCAGCUCAACAAAUGAAGCAAGUGCUCAACAAGAUGUUUACAAAAAUUAACUCCUAAAACGUGUGAUUGGAUAAAGAGCUGAUGACGUUAAUGAUGACGUCCAGUCAGAAAGUGUGGGAUGACAAAAUAGAGUUUAAGACCACUGCUAUGGAACAAUGCCAAAUUUAUACGGAUAUAAGUUUACGUGCUUACAACGGUAAAAUCCGGGGUUCGAUUCCCCGCAGUGGACACAGCAUACAACCCAAUGUGGCUUUGCUCUAAUGCAAUUAAGCAAACGAAACAUUCCUCCUCCCCCCUUCAGCUGUAAGUCUGAAGGCUUAUAACGUUAAAAUCCGGAUUUCGAUACCCAUGGUGGGCAGUACAGAUAGCCCAUUGGGCUUAACAACAAAACAAACAAACUCUUCAGUGUAACGUUUGUUAGUGAGUGUUCAUAUUUCUCUGACAAUCAAACACUUUGAUUUCAGAGGAUACUUGAAAGUGUCGAGACCUGAGUCCUUAUAAAUUAGGUCUUGUUCCUUAAUAGUGGAUUUAAACGUUAGGUUACUUGACACGAUACUGUGUAUGUAUCUAUCUGUUAUGUGUAGUGAUACUUUUGUACGUUAUCAUUUGUGACUGUUUUUAUGAGUGUUCAACCUGGAUUUCAUUUCAGUUCUUCUUUUCCACCAUUUUCAAGAACAUGCGCAGAAACUCUAAUUUCAUCUUACAGCUAGAAGUUAACUAAAACAGUCACAGAGUUAUUUUCGUGUUUACAAAUAUGAUCAAAUACGUAGAUUAAACACAAUUCAAGAAACCUGAUAAACCAAGCGCUGUCAGAAGACAAACAUCUCAACUUGUAGUUCUUAUAUUGGUGCAAAGCUAUCUGACUCUGUCCACCACUGAUCUAAGGGGGACGACCUCUGAAGGACGAAGGUUUAUAAUCUGACAGUGUUCGGAUAAUUGGAUUUCGGGAAGAUGAAACAGAAAUAUGUUAUUUACAAAACAAUAAUAAUCACGAUAACUGAUCAAUUCCUAACAAUAAUAUAAUAUUUUGUUAAAAAUAUCAUUAAGGGGUUUUUACCUAAAAAUAUCGUUAAGAAAGUAUACCUUAAACUAUAAACUAGAUGUACUUCCGCGGGGUCCCCGAAAGUGUUCUGUUUCCAGA